UGGUCUGUGUCAAAAAAAAAAAAAAAAAAAAAAAAAAUCAAAGUUAUAUCUCGAUAAAUCCUUGAUGUAAUUUAGGUUUAGUUGCCCUAUAACCCUCGCUUAAACCCUCAAUCCCUCAUCUCCCUUCAUAGCAACACAACCUCCAAACCUCAAAGAACCACAAAAAUGGGGGGAUCAAGAAGAAAAUACAAAAAAUCAAGAAUUCAUAAGGUGAAAGUAGGACUUCCAAAGAAGAACCCUAAAAUCGUUAAACCAGCCUUCAAUCUCCCCCCUAAACUUCGUGCUUUGAUCGAUCCACUAGGCACUAAAUGGGACGAAAAGGGCAGUGUUAUCAGCAAUUACAAGCAAUUUGGGGUUGUUUCUAACCCUAAUCUUCUCAGUGUUCGUUCUCGUACUUCACAUAUUAUCGAGAGUGAUUCUCUUCAGGUUCCUCCUCCUCGUCCUGAUCAUCCUGCUGAUGCUAAAGUUGAUGAAUUUGAGCCUAUUGAUUCUGGAAGUGACCUUGAAGAAGACGAUUUGAAAUCAGCGCUUGGGAAGAAAAGAAGGGAUGGUAAAAAAGUACCAUCACAGCCAUUGACGACUAUGCAGCGUGCUCAUCUUCUUCCUUUAAUUGAGAAGUAUGGAGAUGAUUAUGAGAGGAUGUUUAGGGAUACAAAGCUGAAUAACAUGCAGCAUUCAAUUGCCACACUGAGGAACUUGUGCCAAAGAUAUUAUCAGUGGAAAGACACAAAUCCAUUGAUAACGGGCAAGCUUGCUUGAAAUAUGUUAGGUAGAUGGAAGCACCCUAAGCCCCUGACUCAGCUCCAACUUCAUGCAUUGUAUGAUGAGAUGAUAUUAGAGGAUUAAAUGUUUUUAUUUUUUUUUUAUUUUUACCCUUUACAAUUAUACUUACUCUGUUUUUCUUUACUUGCAAUACUUAUCUUUUCACGCUUGUCGAUGCAUUAUUUUAAUUG